UCCGUUGGUCGUGCAAGAGCCAAGUAGCAGGAGCAAAGAGUUUGUGUGGCCUAGUGUCAUCAAUGGAGCUCUCGAUCUCGCAAUCGCCACGUCUUCGAUUCUCGUCUGCAUCGCCUCGUUUCUCAGCAGCUUCUCAUCAUCAUCAUCGAACCUCUGUGCAUUUAACUGGGAAGCUUCUAAUCCGUUCUAAAGAUGCUGCCUUUACGAGCUUAUCAAGUUCGUGUAUGCGGUUGAAACUUGUUUCAACUAAUUACAGAAAAAUCUCGAUCCGGGCAUGUUCUCAGGUCGGUGCUGCUGGUUCCGAUCCAGUUCUGGAUAGAAUCUCGCGUUUCCAGAACGCUUGCUGGAGAUUUCUUAGGCCACAUACGAUCCGUGGAACAGCUUUAGGAUCAACUGCCUUGGUGGCAAGAGCUUUGAUAGAGAACACUCAUCUCAUCAAAUGGAGUCUAGUACUAAAGGCACUUUCAGGUCUUCUUGCUCUUAUAUGUGGAAAUGGUUAUAUUGUUGGCAUCAAUCAGAUCUACGACAUUGGUAUUGACAAAGUGAACAAACCAUACUUGCCAAUAGCAGCAGGAGAUCUCUCAGUGCAGUCUGCGUGGCUGUUAGUGAUCUUUUUCGCAAUUGCCGGGCUAUUAGUUGUCGGAUUCAACUUUGGUCCAUUCAUUACAAGCCUAUACUCUCUUGGCCUCUUUCUUGGGACAAUCUAUUCUGUUCCACCAUUAAGAAUGAAACGAUUUCCAGUUGCAGCGUUUCUCAUUAUCGCCACGGUACGAGGUUUCCUUCUUAAUUUUGGUGUGUACCAUGCUACAAGAGCCGCCCUUGGACUUUCGUUUCAGUGGAGUGCACCUGUGGCUUUCAUAACGUCUUUUGUGACACUGUUCGCACUGGUCAUUGCUAUUACAAAAGAUCUUCCUGAUGUUGAAGGAGAUCGCAAGUUCCAAAUAUCAACGCUAGCAACAAAGCUUGGAGUUAGGAACAUUGCAUUCCUAGGUUCUGGACUUUUGCUAGUGAACUAUAUUUCUGCCAUAUCACUAGCUUUCUACAUGCCUCAGGUUUUCAGAGGUAGCUUGAUGAUUCCUGCACAUAUGAUCUUGGCUUCAUGCUUGAUUUUCCAGACAUGGUUACUAGAAAAAGCAAACUACACAAAGGAAGCUAUUGCAGGAUAUUACCGGUUUAUAUGGAAUCUUUUCUACGCAGAGUAUCUGUUAUUCCCCUUCUUCUAGCUUUUAUGGUGAACACUUACAGUUUUCUUUGUAUCUCUCUCUCUCUCUUCUUCUUUGUUGCUUGGAGUCGAAAUCAGUUUGUUCAUGUACAUACUAAGAGGAUACUUGUCCCUUUUUGAAAUCUUGCAAUAAUAAUUAACCAAUACCAGUAUGCAAAACA